AUGUCUACAGAGCUCAAGUCUAUUCGCAAGAAACGAACUGCGUCGGAGGCUACUGCCCCAGCCCAGGCUCCAGACGGUGACCAUCGUAAACGUCGCCGGAACCGCACCACCCAAUCAUGUCUCAACUGUCAUACUUCAAAACGCAUGAAAGCGUCCAUGUGGGCGCUGUACACAGCUAGGCCUUGUCUUUGUGUUUAUGAAGUCGAUGACCCAAGUCAACGUACUGAGGUUCAAGACGAGAGUUCUCGCCUACGAAAACGAGUCGCCGAAUUGGAAGGUGUCAUCCGUGAGUUGAAAAACAAGCCUCAUCCUCGUUGGGUACAAUCUGGUUCCAGCCCAGGAGAGCAAUUUGAUAAAUGGCAUUCUAGAGCUCAGUCACGGCCUGCCUCAGAGGAUUCGCAUUCUGGAAAUAGGUCUCAAUCCAGUGUAUCGUCGCCUCGUUCAACAGAGCCACCACAGGAAGGGAAUGAAUCCACCAAUUGUUCCGUUGAUUCUUCAGCUUCUAAUCCACAGCAAUCGUCGUUAGCUACCCUUGCUACUUCCUAUCCUUCGUCUGUCCUUCCCCAGCUGUCUUCCGAUAACUCCACACACAGCUCGUCAUAUCCGUCUUUUUUCUCUAGAUCUUCACCAUUGAGCACGCCCUCACCGUCUACUAUGACACCAACGGACGAGUUCUCGAGAUCACAAGUCAUGAUUGCAGGAGAACAAUCCCUUCCUCGCGAUUUUGAUCUGGCAUCUAUCUUCAUGUCCUAUCCUGGAUUGAUGGGAUGUGACGGCGGCGUCUUUGGACAUGUAGAUCCUAUGAAAGACAAUCAGAUCGAAGACAUGUGUUCGAAGCAACAGCACAACCAUUCGCUCGACGGCCAUUGUGGUUGCCUGAAUGAGUCGUCAGGCUAUAGUGUUGUGUUGGAGCUCUCGCUGCGUUUACGCAAAGCUGCUGAUGUUCUCAGUCGGUCAGCUAAUCACCGCAUGGGUUCUGGUUGUUUGCUGAACCAACGGAUCGCCGAGCUAGAUGGCCUUGCUACGACAACAUUAGGGAACAUAGCUCUCCCUCCCAGCGACUUUGGCCCGUUACCGUCACAUACGCGGCCUUCCGUAAACCCUUCUGCAAAUCUGCUGCAUCCUACCGCCUCAUUCACCUCAAAUAAUUGCCGUUCGACUAUUUCUCCUCAAAGUCUACAUGGUCUGCGGUCGUGGGAUAUCAUGUCGUCUGUUUCAGAUUCUCCAUCAGCCUGCGACGAUUCUUUCAUGUCUUGGGAGCCCUCGAGGCGCCCACAAUAA